AUGCAAGUUCAAGCAGCUGAUUUCUUCUUUAGUGGGCUACACCUCAGGGGUAACACAUCAAACCAAUUGGGAUCAAAGGUGACCCCAGUCUUUGCGACUCAGUUGCCAGGGCUAAACACUUUAGGCAUCUCAAUGGUUCGAAUUGACUAUGCACCAUGGGGACUUAAUCCUCCUCACACCCACCCAAGAGCCACAGAGAUUCUUACAGUUCUUGAAGGGACUCUACAAGUUGGAUUUGUCACUUCUAAUCCCGAUAACCGCUUUAUCACCAAGGUGUUGCAAAAGGGUGAUGUUUUUGUGUUCCCUGUGGGACUUGUUCAUUUCCAGCGGAAUGUAGGUAAUGGAAAUGCGGUUGUUAUUGCUGCAUUAAGUAGUCAAAACCCAGGUGCUAUAACAAUUGCAAAUGCUGUUUUCGGUGCAAAUCCUUCAAUUCCAUGGGAUAUCCUAGCCAGGGCAUUCCAAGUGGAUAAGAGUGUGGUGGAUCAGCUACAAGCCAAGUUCUAA